AUGUCCCUACCCCCUGUGAGACUGCUCAGUCCCUAUGGCGCAGAUCGGUUGGUGCAGCUGGCAGCUAGGCUCUGGCCGGCACUAUGUGAUACCCUGAUCACUGUGGGGAGCCAGGACUUUCCCGCUCAUAGCCUGGUGCUAGCAGGUGUGAGCCAGCAGCUGGGUCACAGGGGCCGGUGGGCUCUGGUGGAGGGCAUCAGCCCUUCCACUUUUGCCCAGCUCCUACACUUUGUUUAUGGGGAGAGCGUGGAACUGCAGCCUGGGGAGCUAGGACGUCUUGAGGAGGCAGCCAGGACCCUGGGGGUCCAGACCCUGGAAGAAGCAUGCAGAAGAGCUCAAUGGGCUAAAGAGGAGCAGGAUCCAGGGCUGAAGAAACAACAGGAGGAGCCAGGAAAAGCGAGGGAUUCUGAGAGAGGAGAACUGGUGGGCCUUGGAGAAAAGCAAAGACAAGAGUUUUCCAGAGCCGGUGGGCGAGAAGAGGAGACCGUGUUCCCUCACAGGCUCUCAAGAGAGAGUCCUGAGGUGACAGGGGCAAGCCCAGAGGGUUCCAGGCAGCAGACGAGAUCACAGGAGGAGAAACUCAGCCGAUCCUGGGUUGGCCAGCGGGGAACAGAUGGGAAGCCAGAAGUGGUUAUGUGGUUGAGAGAGAGUCCCAGAGGCUCUGAAGAAAGUUUGGGGGUGUCUCCUGGCCCCCUCCCCACACCAGGCUCCCUCCAAGCUAGCAUCACCCCCAAGCCUUGGUGGGCUGAGGCCCCUUGGUUGGGGGAGGGUCCACCUGCCCUACAGAGCAUUCUGCUGUUGCCGCCCAGAUAUGGCGCUCCCUUCUCCCCUAGCACCCCCAUCACUGGAGCCUGGCAGGAGGUCUGGCAUGGAAACCAGAGGAUCCCACUGACCCUGAACCUCCAGAAAAGUCUCUGGAGCCAGAACCUAUUGGCCUCCUCCAGUCCCACCCCAGGAUAGGGUUUGGCUCUGCCUCAGCCCCACCUAAGCCUGGCUGUUCCAGUGAUCCAGUCUUUAGGGAUGCCUUCCUUUGACUCCUCUGCCCCUACAGGCUCAAAUGCAACCUGUGUGGGUCAUGAUGGCAGAGCCUGCCACCUAGCUCCCCAACAUCCUCUCCCAGCUCCUCCUGCUCGGGUUCGGCCUUACUCUUGCUCUGUCUGUGGAAAGAGGUUUACACUCAAACAUCAGAUGGAGACACACUACCGAGUCCACACAGGCGAGAAGCCCUUCUCCUGUAGCCUCUGCCCUCAGCGCUCCCGAGACUUUUCUGCCAUGACCAAGCACCUGCGGACGCAUGGCGCCGCGCCCUACCGCUGCCCUCUGUGCCUGGCUGGCUGCUCCAGUCUGGCCUCCAUGCAGGCUCACAUGCGCAGCCACUCGCCCAGCCAGCUCCCGGCAGGAUGGACCAUUCGCUCCACCUUCCUCUAUUCCUCCUCUUCUAGACCAUCCCGGGCCUCGACCUCACCUUGCAGUCCCCUUUCCCCCACCACCUGA